AUGGCCCCCGCCGAAUUUGGGGCAUAUUUAGUGGUCCCCGACGGAUUUCUGGUACCGUUGAAGGAAACUGGAGGUAUCUAUCUUUUGAAAAUCAAUUGUAAUGGAACAACGACAACCUUAGCGUCUGAACCUAUUGAAAUUACGAAGCCGAAAAGAUCAUAUUUCUACCACAUGGUCGUAUGGCAAGACAUGAACGGGGACGGCCUUUUAGAUGUAGUUACUGCACGUGUCAAUGAUCCGAUUCUCUUAGGUAAACCAUCGGGACAACUUAUCUGGCUAGAACAACCAAAAUCAGAACCACUCGAUAAUGUACCAUGGACAGAACACUAUUUAGUAGUUGACGGUCCAGAAACUGUGUUUGUUCUGACAGAUCUAAACCCUAGCGAUGACCAAUACGAGGUUUUUGCGGCUCAAUUCUUCACGAAACACUUGGGGCUCUAUGUGUUCGCAGCGAAAAACAACUCUCUACUAUAUUCGCGGUACUUGGACGAGACAAUAGGCCCGGCAUACAUGGUUGAGGUAGUUGACUUGAAUGACGAUGGAGCGCUGGAUUUGCUAGUGACGAACCACGUGGGAGGUGAAGGUGGAGGUGUGUUUGGGUACGAGAUCCCUACCGACCUGCGAAACGGUGUUUUCAAGAGGCACACUCUUGCACACGGAUUCCCUGUAACAGAGAGUGGGUCGAAUCAGUUUGCCCCUGGUUUUGCAUACUCGUUCAAACCUCACAUAUCCUACACUGGGAAGCCGUACAUUCUGGUGGCUGGGGAUGGAUCUCAGAAAGCGUACCUCCUUACGCCCAGUGAGGCUGAUUUUUCCUACAACAAGACCAUCAUCAUUUCAGCGGGUGGAGUGGUAGGGUCAAUGGGAUUUGGUGACAUAAUAGGCAAUGACGGGUGGGCGGAGUUUUUCGUUCCUGGUUACGAUGGCAACACAAUUUUUGGGUACACAUUUGCUCCACAAUAA